GAGUCUGCAGGCUGGAAUCCGGGAGCUGUCAAUCAUCCGACCAUCUGGGGACCCGGGAGCUGUCAAUCAGCGCGCACCGGGGGCUACAAGAAGGUCUGUAGUGAAAGUACUGGGGUCAUGAGAGAAGGGGAAUAAUCUCUUCGCUUUGAAAAUAGUCUUUACCUUCGCGAAGCAGGAACUUCGUUGCAACUCGUUUGUCCCUGUGCAGAUCCGCAGUGGGUGGUGGUCGUGUCGGAGCUACAGGUGCCGACAGCAUGAACCAACGUACCGGUAUCCUGGCCAAUGAGCAGUUCCUUCAGAGCGAAUUGAUGAAGAGAAGUCCCCAGCAGCUGAGGAAGGUGUGGCAGGAUGUCGAAACAGACGAUGCAUUACUGGUCACACAUGUUAAUCAGACCAGCCAGCUGUUGAAGGCAGCCAGUGGACCAGCGGUCCCCAGUGACACACAGACCUCCACUGAGUGGUUGGCCAAUCACGGCCUGGAGAGCCAGAAGCUGACCAUCCGAGACCUUCUGACGCAGGGCAGCAUUGUCACGAGCAAGGAUGAGAGCGAGGUGAAACACCUACAGGUCAGCCUCGGCCUGGUGGCCAGAUUUGAAUCCAGGGUCCGAGAAAUGGUUGAUGCCUGUCAGAAACGGACCCAGUGGCUGAAGGAAGGGAGCAAAAAGGUGUUCGGCCUGGUGAGAGGCAAGCACCUGGGCGUGCUGGUGGACUGCUCUGAUGCCAACUGCGGCCUCGGCCGACAGGGACAGCUGCAGGGAGCUCUGCUGACUCUGCUGGAGGAACAGAUGAGGGACACCAAACAGAUCUAUCUCCUGGCCUUCGGCAGCGACCUCUACCCCCUGUGGGAGAAUGCUCGUGACCUCAACGUCCGCACGAUGGACGAAGCCCGUCAGUGGGUUCAAGGUCUCCAACCCUGCGGAAGCUGCAAUCUGCUGAAGGCUCUGAACAUGGCGCUGAAAGUGAGGCAGCUGGAUGCUCUACUGAUCGUCCUGGGGACCUGCCCUGACCAGCCAGCGGAGAUUUUGUGGGAUCACCUGCAGCAGUGUCUGCUCGGGAGGAGCCUUCCCAUCCAGACGGUGGUGUUCGACUGCAGCGAUCACAGGACCCAGGCAUUGCUGAGAUCACUGGCAGAGAUGUCGGGAGGACGUUUCCACUCCUACACCCUGGCAAGUCAGGCGUGCUGGGGCACUGACCUAGAAGACCUGGCUCGGGAGCUGGAGAGAGCAGGCGAGGCGCUGGAGACGGUGGCCAAGCUGAAGGAGGGUCUGCUCGGACAGGCCGUGGGCGCCAUCCUUGCCGAGGUGUCGACAGAAGUUGCUGGGAUGCCGCUGGCCUGGUUCCUCCCCCGGCCACCCAACCACGAGGGUCCGCUGUCCAUCGAGGCCCCUGGCCUCCUGCCUCGAACCUCGGCUGAGUGGCUGAAGCACAGCGGACUGAAAGCCAGGAAGCUGGGCCUGUACCAAGUCUUGGCUCCAAACGCCUUCUCCCAGUGCGAGGCGUUCGUCCCCAUCCUGCGCAAGACCGUCUCCUCCACCCUGCAUCAGAAGGCCAUGGUGCAGCUGGAGUGGUGUGACGGGACGGUGAAAAAUCUACACGUGGACCCACCCCAACUCUACGAGUAUCAGAAGCGUCUGUCCCGAGCCGUGAACCGGUUUGAACUCAGGAUCAAGUGGCUGUCCAAUCGCAGCAGGAGGAUGUGGGGCAACCUGUGUGAGAAAAGGGUGGUGGUGGUGUUGGAUACCUCGAUCUACAAUGGCAGGUACAUCAUCCACCUUCAGCAUGCCCUGCGGCUGCUCCUCGAACAGCAGCUCGCCAACCGCGACGCCUUCAACCUGUUAGCGUUCGGGUCGGAGGUGAGGCGAUUCCAGCCGGGCCUGGUUCCCGUUAGUCCUGACAACCUGCAAGCUGCCUGGAGGUGGAGCCUGUCCCUGCGGUGUGAAGGCAGCCGGAACCUGCUGGCCGCAAUGAAGGCUGCGGUGGAGACGGAUCCAGCCGACCUCCAGGCUCCCUGCGGCAUCUACCUCCUCACCACCGGCAUUCCUGACCAGCCACGGGUCACCAUCUCCUCCUACGUCACUGAGGUUUGUGCUGGUCGCGACCUCCAUCUCCAUACCUGUCUCUUCAGCGUUGACCCCCAACCCGAGGGCACAGUAAUGCCCCGCUACGCCUCCCCACGGGACACGGCGGAUGCCCUCCGGGAACUGGCGAGGAGUGGCGGUGGGAGGUUCCACUGGUUCCAGGAGUCAGGUAUCAUUGAGAGUGACGAUAUUCAGCUUAUAUCGGCUGAAAUGGAGAAAGCAGCUAACUAUUCUGAAAAGAGUGCCCUGCUGCUGCAGUCGCUACGCCAACGCUCGGGGAGGCCUCGAGAAGACACGGUGGUCCCAGCCGAGGGUCUGCAGCAGGCGUUGAGAAAGGGCGAUCGGCACCCUCCGAAGCUGCUGGCUCCAAAGCCCACAGCCCUGUCUCUGGCCAGGAUGCGAGCGCGGGAGGACGGAGGAGAGGAGAGCCGGCUGGCACUGACCGGGCGUGUGAGCAGUGGGAAGGCUGCCGGCCCUCGAGCUCAUCCCGGCACAAAACGACCGCGCUCUUUCCUGGAAAGUCGGAAGGUUUCGAGGUCAGCAUUUUACACCGAUCAGGGGAGUAAAGUAGGUGCCGUGUACCAGACCCGCCCCAGGACAAGGAGUGCACGGACAGUCAUACCCUGUGUCUCCCUGCCGAGCGAAGAGGAGAUCUGCUCGACUGUAGCGUGGUUACGGAGGCUGGGCCUGAGGAAGCUGGGACUGGACCUGCACAGGCUCCUGUCUGGGCCAGACUGCAGCCACCGGAAGAAGCUGGUGAGGAGCUUGAACAAGAGGGUCUCGGCCAGGUACUGUGCGGGCUUCCCCACGGUGCAGAUCAAUGGAGAGCACAGGCACCUGUACCUACAGGCGCAAGAGCUGGACUGUUACAUCGAGCGGGUGGAGGAGGUCCUUGGCCGGUACCUUGGCCGGCUGCAGUGGCUGCUGUCAGGGAGCCGCCGUUUGUUCGGAACAGUCCUGGAGAAGAGAGUCUGCAUCUUGCUGGACACGUCGGGCUCCACUGAACCCCACCUGGCGGCCCUGAAGAACGAACUGAGCUCCCUCAUCUGGGAGCAACUGAGGAGGAAUAGCCACAGCUUCAACCUGCUGUCGUUCGCGGAGCAUGUGGACAGUUGGAGGGAGGAGCUGGUGGAGGCCACUGAUGAUGCCUGCCAUGACGCUGUUCAGUGGGUCUCAAGCUCCGUCGCCCAUGGAAACACCUGCACUCUAGAGGCACUACAGAGGGCCUUUCAGCAUGUGGACGUGCAGGGAGUCUACCUGCUGACGGACGGCAAGCCCAAUACCAGCUGCCAGCUGGUUCUGGAGGAGACGCAGCAGAUGAACCUCGGCCGGGGAGUGAAAGUCCACACCGUCUCGUUCAACUGCACCGACAGCAUUGCCGAUGAGUUCCUCAAGAAUCUGGCAGCCCAGACCAGAGGGCGUUUCCAUCGUUGUCAUGGAGCCCUUGAUGGGCAGCUGGUGGCGCACAAGAUGAUAGCGGAAGGAUUUUCUGAUGAAGAUAACCCCAACCUUCCUGCCUUUGAGGGUGACGAUCUAAAGAGGCUCUCUGAAGAAAUUACUAAAGCUCGGCGGUUCCUGACACAAGCCCGUUCCUUCAGAAGUUUACUUUUGGAAAAGCAACCAACACGAGGCUCAAAAUCCGGUGAAGCUUAGAACACAUCACCAGCUGGCGGAGGAAUCACACACCCUUCGAGACCCGCGCCUUUGGAAUUACCUCACAGCUUCUUAACUCCUGGAAAAAAUUGUACUGCAGAUGCUGGAAAUUUCAAAAUCCAAAGUAAACUUAUUACCAAAGUACGUACAGGACACCAUAAACAACACUAGGAUUUAUUUUCUUGCUGGCAUCCACAGGAAAAUAAAUAAAUACAAGAGAAUCCCUGGAAGUUCCUACAGAACAAAGGCAGAGUCCCCCAAAGUGAGUCUACAGGCAACAGAGUCGGUUCAACACCGGGGCGAGUGAAGGCCAGGAGUCCAGUGGCUCCAGGGCACCACCUGCUCCUGAACCUGGCCGCUCAGGACACAAGACUCCUGCACCUCCCGCCCGAUGGUAGCAGUGAGAAGAGAGGGAGACAGGUCAAACGCAGGAGAACGGAAAGGGGCUCAGGUGGGCAUGCUGGCAUGGAACACCAGUUCAUUUUCACUGAAAUCUGAAGUAAGAUCAGCAAAUUCAGAAAACAAUCAGCAGGUCAGUCAGCGCCUGUAGAGAGAGAAGCAGAGUUAACAUUUCAGGAAGAAGGUGUGGGAAAGUGAGGGAACACACCUCGUUUAUAACUCAUUGUAUCAUGGCUUUAAUAUGAAAUUGUUCCUAGUCUUGGUUAAUCCUACCUGAACGUCAGAUUCGGUCCUUUCUCUUGGGAAUGCUUGCCCACUGGAUCUUACCCUCCCUCAAAAAGCAAUGCCGAGGAUCUAAAGGAUUUGUAUUAAGUUUCCAGGUGGCUUUUGGAGCGUUUUUUCCGUACUAAGAAUUGUGUGGAUAAUUUACACCAGCGUCUUUCACUCGUGGUCUUCAACUCUUUAACAAGUUAUUUGUGUAUGAUUCUGUGACGGGGUCCGGAAUUACCCCUAUGAAAUGUGUUUGUUCACCCCUAUUAACUGUGCUUUUGAAAAGAGAAAGAGAGUUAUUUAACAUUGAAAUCUUGUUUUGAAGAGAGAGAGAGAGACGAAGACUAACUGUUGGACUGUCACUUUAAGGAACGAGAAAGACCUGGUUAACUUUUGGAUUUCUGCUGAGUUGGAGACAGCACCGAGCAGCUCGUAAGUUGCUAUGGUGACCGAAGGCAGCGUUAUUUAAUGGACACUCAAUGUUAUGAUUUUCGGCAGGUUGUUGACACUUCUCAAGGACUUUUGCCUGCUUGCAUUUCUUUCACAGACAAAGGAAGGAGGAGUUAUUUGAGUGACAGUUGAUGCUCAGCACAGGAAGAUAGACCUCAGACACAUGUUCUGGACACUGAAUGAGCAUUGUUGUGCCCGCAGGAAAAGUGGGUUUUGGAGGAUGGAUCAGGCGGAUCGAUCCGUCGCUCUUGCAGUGGAAAGGAAAAGGGUUGACUGGUAGGGAGUUGUCCAUGUGUCCACCCUCGCCUGGGGGAUAGCUCCACCACAGAAAACCAGUCCCCUUUGUUAAAGUCACAGUCGGUGACUUUUAAAGGAUUUCGAAGGACAACGAGAAGAUCGACGGCGUCAGCUCGCCUGUAGACUCAAAUCUCUCCCUCUCUCUCUCCAUCACUACUCAACUCAAUACCACGAACCAAACUGAACUGAAGUUUACUCAUCAUCGUAAGACUAUCUUUUUACCCCUAGACUUAAAGAAGCUUGGUUUCUCAUACACAUA